CUAUCCUCCCUUCUUUCCAGGAUGGGGAGUGUUUUAGCAGCUAGCUCCCCGAGUCCCCCACCACCACCCUCUGCUGUUGCCAGUCCCGGUUUGACGCUGCCACCGGGUUUCGCGAUGCCGCCCGUGUCACCCGGAUCAGUUUCAGUUCAACCAGAAGCGGUGACGACCCCUCUGCCAAACCCGGGCGCAUUUGACGAGUGUCAUCGCAAGUGCAAAGAGAUUUUCCCGAUGCAGAUGGAGGGCGUCCGGUUAACCGUCAAUAAGGGCCUUAGCAACCAUUUUCAGGUGAACCACACCGUGUCGCUAAGCACCUUGGGCGAUUCUAGCUACAGAUUUGGUGCUACGUAUGUUGGACAAAAGCAGACCGGUCCAGCAGAGUUUUUUCCAGUCAUGGUGGGAGACAUGGACAACUCCGGGAGCCUUAAUGCGCAAAUCAUCCACCAGAUUAGCGAUAGCAUACGUUCCAAAAUGGCCUUUCAGACACAACAACACAAGUUCAUCAACUGGCAAGGCGAUGCCGAAUUCCGAGGGAAAGAUUUUACGGCGACGGUCACUUUUGGAAACCCGGAUGUCCUACUUGGUUCUGGUAUCGUUGUAACGCACUACCUCCAGGCGCUAACGCCUGCUCUAGCGCUAGGAGGCGAGCUGGUGUACCAUCGUAGGCCGUCAGAAGAGGGCGCUGUAAUGUCGUUAGUUGGCAGGUACACAGGUAACAACUACAUCGCGACGCUAACACUUGGCUCAGCAGGCGCUCACGCAUCCUACUACCACAAAGCUAACGAGCAGUUGCAAAUCGGCGUGGAGUUCGACGCUAGCACUCGCAUGCAAGAUACUAGCGUGUCGUUCGGCUAUCAGCUGGAUGUACCCAAAGCUAAUUUACAAUUUAAAGGUUCUUUAGACACGAAUUGGGUGGUCGGUGCAACUCUAGAAAAGAAGUUACUCCCUUUGCCUCUUUCAUUGGUUCUCUGCUCUUUCCUCAACCAUAACAAGAACAAGUUUCAGUGCGGUUUCGGCGUUACCAUCGGGUAA